UUUGUGUUAAGUGUACACUGUAGAGUAGUUAGGGUUUAAGGUCUCGUUCGUUUUGACAGACCAGCCGUUCAACAAGAUGUCGGCCCACAAGACGUUUAUUAUUAAGCGUAAGCUUGCCAAAAAGCUGAAGCAAAACAGGCCCAUCCCGCAAUGGGUUCGAAUGCGCACAGGCAACACCAUUAGGUACAAUGCCAAGAGGCGUCACUGGAAGAGAACUAAGUUGAAGUUGUAAACAAUAUCACUGGUGUCAUCAACUGGGAGACUUUUUUUUUACUUAAAUGUUCUAAAAACGAUUUCAUUGUCUUAUACUACAUUGAAAAAAUAAAUAAAAUAAUGUUUAAAUAA